AUGUGCCCAGCCCGCUGGUCCAAGCAUGCCAGCGACGCCCCGGAACAGGCCGAGCUAGGCGCCGAGAUGAGCCUCAAAUCCAUCGUCCAACGCUUCACCCACGAUCGCGCGACAGGCUGGCAGAUGUCCUCGUUCUCCGUCAACUGCCCGCUGAUGAGAGACUUCCUUGGCAAGUCCCUGGAAAACUACCAGGACUUGAACCCCGCCCUGGCAUUCUGGACUUUUGAUAUUCCGUUCAAGCCUCUCGUGCAUCGGUGGAAGAAUAUCCAGCGGAUGCACCAAGAGAUGCAAGACUCGGGAGACGAGGAGGUGGAACUGGCGAAGAAGGAAGCGGUCAACAAUCUGUUCCGGUUUCUACAACCCCGGAUUACGCCUCUGGUCCACGACGUCUUCGAAGUCAAGAUGACCGGUAAUGUGGCGUGGGACAUGCUCUGGCAGAUCUUCCCUCCGAAUGAACUUGUGUGGACGACGCUGGGAGGCGUGCAGGCUAUCUGUCGCGUGUUGGCAUGCCAUAAGGAGUCUAAUCCGGGACCUGUACCGCCGCAUUGGCGCGUGAGGGUCGAGUUUGUGGAGUGGAACGGGAGCAAGUGUGGGAUUGCGAUAGAGAAUGUCGCUAUCCUGAAGUACAAGGGUCAUCGGUCGAUUGAUUCGCUCCCUGUAUACCCCUUAUCGUUCCGGCCGGACUCCAAUCUGAAAAAGAAGGAGGCCAUGGCUCGGGGGUUGAGGUUUCAGCAGCUGAGGGGCUGCCGGUACAUGAAUUACGAGGGUAUCAUGAUCCCAAUCACCGGCAACCAUGAAGAGACGACGGUGUCAGGCCGGGUAAUGGUAGACGCAUAUGCCUACUACCAAGUCAACAAGAUGGUCAAGCCAAACUUGAAGGAUCUGGGGCACACCGACUCCAGCAGCCCGGAGACCAGCGAUUCAGAGUCAAACGACGACGCGUCCUGCCCGGAAACACUGGCGACAAGUUCGGAUGCCGAGCCAGAGCCGGCGGUCGCGGCUCGCCCUGGCUACCCAAGCCGCGCUCGUCAUCGUUCUCAGGAAUUGAUCGAGCUCUCUAAGGAGCACUGCCUUCUUGUCUCACCGUGGAUGAUUGGGUUUGAUCUCACGCAGAAGAAGUGGGGUCGCUUCCAAAUUGACAGCCUUAGCGACAUUGAAUGGAACGACAAGGCGUUUGACACCCUCGUCCUGCCUGGGGGCGAGAAAGAGCUCGCCUGGGACUUUGUCGAGAGCAAGGCUAAAUCGGACGAGGGUGUGGAUGACUUUGUGCCCGGCAAAGGACGAGGCAUUAUCAUCCUCAUGUUUGGCCCGCCUGGCGUGGGCAAGACAUACACCGCAGAAGCCGUGGCCGAGAAAGCUCGCGUCCCGUUGUACGUAAUGAGCGCCGGAAUGCUAGGAGCCAGUCCCGAAACCGUCGAGUCCAUUUUGACAAGGGUUCUCGAGCUCUGCCGGCUGUGGAAUGCCAUGUUGUUACUUGACGAGGCCGACGUCUUUCUAGGAGCCAGGCAGGGCAACACACUCGCGAAAAAUGAGCUCGUGGCCAUAUUCCUCACAAAACUCGAAUACUACCAGGGAAUCCUCUUCUUGACGACGAACCGUUUCUCAAGUAUUGACCAUGCUUUCCAGUCGCGCGUGGAUCUCUUCCUUCCUUACCGGGACCUCGACGCCAACGCCCGCAAGCAAGUGUGGAACAACUUCUUUGACCAUUUUGGCCGGAACAAGUUUGAGAUUACAGGGGAAGAACUCGACCGGCUCUCGGAGUUGGCAUUGAACGGGCGUGAGAUCAAAAACCUGAUCAAGAGCGCUCAGCUGCUUAGUGCCCGGAAGGGCAGCAAGGUGGUGGCGGGACUGUUGUACAUGCUGGCGGAGAAUCGGGUAGCAGCACUGAAGAUGUUGGGGGAUCACAACGCGAAGGAUAUGUAG